UGGGAAAAAGGCGGACAUUUAUGGAACCAAACAAAAUUGAAUGAAGAAGACGCCUGUUUCUUCUUCUAAUUUUGGCCAAAUUACUUGGUGACAUUGAUGGGGACAACGGUUUUUUAUUGUGUACUAGCUUGGUCUUUUGGGAGGGAUUAUGGAUCGAAGUGAGUGCCGUACACAUAUUUCUCUCCCGCCUGGGACCAGUUCGAUAAAGACGGCACUCCCUCUCUCUUUCCCUUCCAAGUAAUCUGUUUAAGGCGCCCGCCUGUAGCAUUAGUAAAAGCAUUGUAAAUGUUUAUAUCAAUUCCUUUUUCUUUUAAUUUUUGUUUUGUUUAUUGACAAACGAUCUUUCUAACAUUCAAAUUUCUUAUGCAUAACUUUUCAUAUAAAAUUCUAUUUUAAAUUUUAAAUCCCUUGUUUUUUAUAGAGCCCUUCUCCAAUUGCUAUGUCAUGUUCAGAGUUUCAUUGCGAUGAUCGUGAACGUGUCCAGCAUUUACUUGCUUCCCGUGACAGCCUUUCAUUAAAAGUAGCAAUGCUCACUAAACAAGUAGCAUUUCAACGAGAAAAAAUUCACGAGAUGGAAACGAUGCUUAAUUCUCGUCAUAAUGAUGGAGUAAACAAUAAACAAAAUAGCAAUGAAUUAAUUGAACCAAUUGCUCAAGAAUUAGCUAAUUUACAACAUAAGAAUUUGGCAUUAGAACGUGAAAAACUUGAAGCUGAACGGAGCUUAAGACUUUCAAAUAGUGAAUUGGAACAUUAUGUUUCCGAACAGCCGUCUUUAUCAAAGACUCAACGAUCGAAAAAUUGCAAUGACACUUCUGUGAACCAAGCUGAAAUGGAAAGGCUACAACUGGCAAUUCAAAGGCUAUUGGCCGAUAAUGAACAAAAAGUAAGAUAUUAAAAAACCUUUCUUUAAAAAAUUUCAAUUUUUGGGACUCUCAA